CACAACAUAAGUUUUGGCUAUAUAUACAAGCACCUUGUGAGGGAAUUCAAGACAUCACACAAACAUAAAACUCUUUCUUUCUUUCUCUCCCUAGGCUUCUUAUAUUCGAGAGUGAGGGAGACAGGAGUUGGUAAACAUGUUUAUCGAGAGCUUUAAAGUAGAGAGCCCAAAUGUCAAGUACACAGAGAGUGAGAUUGAGUCUGUGUACACCUAUGAGACCACUGAGCUUGUUCAUGAGCAAAGAGAUGGGGCCUAUCAGUGGAUCGUCAAGCCCAAGUCUGUCAAAUAUGAUUUCAAGACUGAUACUCGGGUCCCCAAAUUUGGUGUUAUGCUUGUUGGAUGGGGAGGCAACAAUGGAUCAACGCUAACUGCUGGUGUUAUUGCAAACAAAAAAGGAAUCUCGUGGGCAACCAAGGAUAAGGUUCAACAAGCCAACUACUUCGGCUCGCUCACCCAGGCGUCAACCAUACGUGUUGGCUCUUUCAAUGGAGAGGAGAUUUAUGCCCCUUUCAAGAGCCUGCUUCCUAUGGUGAACCCAGAUGACAUAGUGUUUGGCGGUUGGGACAUAAGCAACAUGAACUUGGCAGAUGCUAUGGGUAGGGCUAGAGUUUUGGACAUUGAUCUGCAAAAACAGCUAAUUCCCUACAUGGAGUCCAUGGUUCCCCUACCUGGUAUUUUCGACCCUGAUUUUAUUGCAGCAAACCAAGGCUCUCGUGCUAAUAACAUCAUUAAAGGAACCAAGAAAGAACAGAUUGAUCAGAUUAUAAAAGACAUUAGGGAGUUUAAGGAGGCCAACAAGGUAGAUAAGGUAGUGGUUUUGUGGACUGCCAACACGGAAAGAUACAGCAAUGUGGUUGUGGGGCUAAAUGAUACGGAGGAGAACCUCUUUGCUUCUGUGGAGAGGAAUGAAGCUGAGAUUUCUCCUUCUACCCUGUAUGCUAUAGCCUGUGUUCUUGAAAAUGUGCCUUUCAUCAAUGGGAGCCCACAGAACACAUUUGUUCCAGGGUUGAUUGAUUUGGCAAUAAGGAGGAACAGUCUAAUUGGAGGGGAUGACUUUAAGAGUGGUCAGACCAAGAUGAAAUCUGUACUGGUUGAUUUCCUUGUUGGUGCUGGUAUAAAGCCAACAUCCAUUGUUAGCUACAAUCAUCUGGGAAACAAUGAUGGUAUGAACCUCUCAGCCCCCCAAACUUUCCGCUCAAAGGAGAUAUCUAAGAGUAAUGUGGUUGAUGACAUGGUCUCUAGCAAUGCUAUCCUCUAUGAAGCUGGCGAACAUCCUGAUCACGUGGUUGUUAUCAAGUAUGUGCCAUAUGUUGGAGAUAGCAAGAGAGCCAUGGAUGAAUACACAUCAGAGAUAUUCAUGGGCGGAACUAACACUAUUGUUCUUCACAACACAUGUGAAGAUUCUCUUUUGGCUGCUCCAAUCAUCUUGGACUUGGUUCUCCUUGCAGAACUCAGUACUCGCAUUCAGUUUAAAGCUGAGGCAGAGGGUAAAUUUCACUCCUUUCACCCUGUGGCCACCAUUCUCAGCUACCUCACAAAGGCCCCUCUCGUUCCACCAGGCACACCGGUGGUGAAUGCACUCGCGAAGCAGAGAGCAAUGCUGGAGAACAUACUGAGGGCCUGCGUUGGUCUGGCUCCGGAGAACAACAUGAUUCUGGAGUACAAGUGAUCAGAAGAUGAACGCGAAUAACUGGGAUAGAAAAAUCUGCUCAGAAUUGUUUCUUGAUCAUUUGCAAUUUGAACUCUUUCGAUUAAUGUCGUUUUUCCUACCUGUUCUAAAUUAGUUCUAGACUUGUAGUAUGACCUCGUGUCUUAUCAGUGGUUGUGUGGAUGUAAUGUCGGACAUUUCUCACCACUUAUCAGUCAAGUUCCGAAUGCUCUCUCGAGUUUGAGUUA